ACGUUCGAUACCCUAUAUAUUUUAUAUUUUAUUAUAGGUUUCAUACAUUGCCGUAAGCCAGAUACAGCAUUCCAAUUUUCUCAUAUGACAAUCCUCUCCCACUCAUCAAGUUCCGUAUUUAAGGCUUUUGAUAAGAUGCCACAGAAAGCCACAGUAAUUAGACAAACGUAUGCACAUUCUUUGAUUGCAUUUUCAUCGUAAUUACAGCUAAGAAAACAGUUGGCUAGUGCCUCAUAAAAAUAUAUUAGUUUAUUCCUGGCCCGGCAUCACUGGGCCUGUUGGCUUUAUUUAUUUGAGAACCGUCGGUGUUAAAGAUUACACUGCGCAACACAGAUUCACUCCAAAAGCUAAAAUCGAAAAAAAAAGAAAGAUUAAAGCUAUUCAACCAUUCCUGUGAAUUUUGGUGUCCCUUAGCCACUUCUGCGUGUCUGGGUCAGAAUUCGUGAAACGGAUCACUAAAAACCACGAUGUCUAAAUUUUUUCAAAUGAGUAUUAAAAACUUCGAGAGUUUAAAUCGGGAAGUUGAUUUUCAAAUUUUAUCUACCCUCAAUAAGUUCGAGUACAACUUUUCAUCUUUGUAUGGGUGCUCACCAAGUGCAUUUUUUUAUUGGUAUUAGUGUCAGUUUAAGCCUUAUAUAUAGGACGCAUUUUGCACCAAAUCGCCUUAAGGUGUGAAGAUAUUACCCACGCAAAAACUAGAGUGUGAGUAACCAGAUCAUUUAUGAGCUUUUUCAGAGCCUUUUCCGAUCUAGUUUGGAACCAGUACAACGCAUGUGCGCUGGGCAUAACGCAUUUGAUGCUCUAGUGUGUUUUGAAUGUAUUUGACAGCUCCGAACCACUUCGUUUAGAACGAUUUCAAGGGUGUUGGUAUCAUCAUAAUGUUUUGUAGUGGUAUUGGUAACGUUUUUCAGGAGCCUGCUUUCGUUGAUGCAGUGUAACCAGCAUUGGUUGCUGAUAAUUGAGCAAGUAAAUGGUAUCGCCAUCACGGUGGCCAUCCCUGGGGCACCCACCAGGGAAAAGUGGGGUAAAGGCGUCGAGUUCAUGCUCUCGUGCAUAGCCUAUUCGGUUGGAUUUGGUAACAUUUGGAAGUUUCCUUACACGGCCCUGCAGAAUGGAGGUGGAGCUUUCCUCAUUCCGUAUUUGGUGGUGCUGUUCGUCGUUGGUCGUCCGAUCUAUUACCUGGAGAUGGUGAUGGGCCAGUUCUGCAGUCGAGGCUGCGUUAAGGUCUACGAUUUGGCUCCGAUUAUGAAAGGUAUUGGCGUUGGUCAAUCGCUGGCAAUGUUCGUUGUCAUGACCUAUUACACACCUGUUCUGGCAAUCACGUUACGAUAUUUGAUUGCAUCCUUUAGAAGUGUGCUUCCGUGGAGUAAAUGCGAUCCCUCUUGGAGUCGGUGUAUCAACUCUGAUUUCAGGGGAUUCCUGAAUGCCACCGAUCCCACGCUUAGUAGUAUGAACGUUUCCGCUGAACUUUAUUUUACAAAGACAGUAAUGCAUCGAGCUCCGCUAGAUCAGGGCAUCGGAAUUCCAGAUUUCAAAUUGACGAUGUGUCUGUUCGUCUCCUGGAUGAUUGUAGCUGUUAUCUUAAUCAAAGGGAUUCGCAGUACCGGGAAGGCUUCCUAUUUCCUGGCGCUGUUUCCUUAUGUUAUUAUUUUGGUUUUGUUCAUCCACUCCUGCACACUUGAAGGUUCGUUCAACGGAAUCAAGUACUUUCUUACUCCCAAAUGGGAUCAGUUAUUCACGGUGACUGUCUGGAUGGAAGCCGUGACGCAAUGUUUCUUCUCAUUAUCUAUCUGCUUCGGUGGAAUCAUCGCUUACUCGUCAUUCAAUAAUUUCUCGAACAACGUUUACCGAGAUGCUAUGAUCAUUUCCUGGCUGGACACCUUCACCUCUAUUAUCAUUGGGUGCAUCGUAUUUGGUGUUCUGGGGAACUUGGCACAUGUAACGCACAAAGAGAACAUCCAGGACGUUGUUCGUCAAGGACCGGGUCUCACUUUCAUUGCCUACCCGGAUGCGAUCGCCAAGUUCGAAUACUUUCCACAGCUUUUUUCGGUAUUGUUCUUCAUGAUGCUGUUCAUCGUCGGCAUCGGAAGUAAUUUGGGAGUGAUCACCAGUAUUAUAACAGCGAUCCGUGACCAAUGCCCGAUGUUGCCAAACUGGAAAGUUGCCAGCGUGAUCAGUGUGGUUGGGUUUUGUUUGAGUACAAUCUACAUGGCUCCAGGUGGAUUGGAUUUGCUGGAUGUUUUUGAUAAUUAUGGAGCUAAAUAUGUUACUCUUACGUUGGCCUUAAUGGAGAUGAUCACUUUCGGUUGGAUAUACGGAGUGGAUCGAAUCUGUCGGGACAUUCAGUUUAUGCUUAAAAUGGAGACAAGCAAGUUCUGGAGAAUCUGUUGGGCGGUAGUCGCACCGCUCGUUGUGAGUGUGAUUUUAAUCGGAAGUUUUGUGGCACACAAACCGAUAGACGUUCCUACGGAGUACAAUAUUAUUGGAUGGUGCGUUUACACGCUUGCUGUAAUCCAGUUACCAUUGUGGGCUAUCUACACAGUGUGUAACCAGAAACGUAACGGACUGGGACGGAAGCUUCGAAGCGCUUUCAAGCCUAGCAGAAUGUGGGGACCAGAGAAUGAAUCUAUACGAGAGUUAUACAACGUAUCCAUUGAGAAAAGUAAACAGUUUCAAGACCAUGGGCGACCGUUUAGCUUGUGCAAGUUUAUUUAUAGAAGAAUAUUUAAGUAGAUUAUUAGAUAUAGUCAUUUACAUGCCAUGUAUGUUUCUAGAAAAACUAUUUAUU